AUGUCGGACGACUUAAGUGCUUUCUUUGCCAAAAAGAAGGACAAAAAAAAGAAGACUGUAGUCAAAAUGGAUGAAGUUGGCCAAAUUCUUGAGCGUAAAGCUAAGAGACAGGAGGAACAUGAUCAACAAGCUGCUGACUUGGACAAACGUGAUAUUGAUGAACCAAAAAGAGCUAAUAAUGGUGAAGAGAGUGAAUGGAUUGAGUACGGAGAGUCCGCUCAAGGAAGAUUGGAAGGUCUUAAGAUUAAAGAUAUGGGAGCAGAGUCCGAGCAUAUUGAGGAAGAGGAACAUGAAAGUGAAGACCAGAAAGAACAACAGGAAGCUGUUCGUACUUGGGGACAAGUCGACGUCAAGAAACAAGAGGAAGGUGAGAUCGAAACAGCCACCGACAUGGCCAAUUAUCAAAAACAAAACGCUCGUCCUGACAUAUUCGUUCCUUCCUGUUUGAGAAGUGGUGGUGGUGGAGGAUAUGAGCGUUCUCAUAGAGCUGAUAUAGAUGUUUCGAAUCAAGAAAUGUUCCCAUCAUUAGCUGAUGCCACAAAGAUAGAGAAGGAUAAGAAAGAAGACAAGACUGGUGGUGGAUGGAUAAAAACUGGAAGCAGUGAUACCCGCAGCUUGCCAAGGAUGACCGGAGCUCCAGCUUCGGCUAGUAGGGAUAGGGAACAAGCUCUCGCAGCUGCUAAAGCUUUCGCUGCCGCAAACGACUUCUCUAAUGCUCGAUCGGCAGCUCCAACAGCCUCUAUUGCUCGUCCAGUAGCCCCAGCUCCAACAAUUUCUCGACCAGUUCCUGCUCCUACUUCAUCUUCAACUUCAUCUUCUUCAAAUGCUGCUGAACCACCAAAAUACAUUCCUCCACAUUUAAGAUCAUAA